AUAUGUCAUUUGCAGAAUUGCAUUCCAUCUCAAAUCAUAUCUGGGGAAAUUCAAACUCAAUCAAAAUGGCAGCUUUAUGAUAGUCUUGAUGACGGGUUAUUGCACAACUCGUGUAUUGCAUGGCAGCUUAUCUAUUUUCAUACGCAGAUAUUGCAUUUCAUUGUGAUAUCAGCACCAUUCACGUUUUUACCCUCAAGGCCCGUCGUCAAAUCCUGUGAUGAAACUGGUCGAUGGGCUGGUUCCGCACCGGGUAUCUACGAAAAUCCAUGGGGAUGGACAAACUAUACUAACUGCUUCAUCCUUAAACUCGAAGACCUCAAGCUAGAGAGCUCGUGCGAUGAUAACAAUAGAGAAAUGCAGUUGAACGUUCAUCUCACUGAACUUUAUUUUUGA